AAAAUGAGUGCUUGCUUGCUAUAUACAUAACCUUUCAACCACAUUAGUAUUUUAUCAAGAAAAUACUUUUAAUAUUUAAGUCAUGUCUCUACUAAGACGUUUUGGACUCUUAGGAUUUAGGCAAAUUAGAUCAAUUUCUAAAAGUUCUUCUCUGGGGGGUGAAUCUCUAGCUGUCCCUGCUCCAGACAAUGAAACUUCAUAUUCCAUAAAAAUUGAAAAACUAGUUACCGAAAUUUCUCAUUUAACGUUGUUGGAAGUUUCAGAACUAAGUACAGCCCUUAAACAAAGGCUUAAUCUGCCUGAUGUUCCAGUUAUGCCUCUUGGUGGAAUGGUUCCGGCAAAAUCAGAGGAGGAUGAAGAAGCACAAAAUACUAAGGCUGUAAAGACUAUUUUUACGGUCAAAUUAAUGAAAUUUGAUGAAAAACAAAAAGUAGCACUGAUUAAGGAAUGUAAAAACUUAUUAGAAGGCAUGAAUUUAGUACAGGCCAAAAAAUUUGUUGAAAGCUGUCCGACUGUUGUCAAGGCAGAUGUUGAUAAAGCUGAGGCCGAAAAAUUAAAAGAAGCUUUAACUAAAGUUGGAGCUGAAAUAGUAAUUGAUUAAAAUGUGUUUUAGCAUAAUUUGAAAGGACUGUAGUUUUUUAGUUUGUUUUUUUAAACUAUUUCAUACUGUACAUAAAUAAAUAGAAUAAUACAAUAUUUUACUGUAUUUAAUAUUUAGUUACAUUAAAGUGCUGUAUUACAAAAUGCAAAGUUUGAUAUAUAGGGUGAUAAUUUUAAUAUGAAAUCACUAUUUCUGUUUGGAUUCCGCAA